CAUCUCCUCUUCGUCUUCCCUCCAUUCCAUCAUCAAUGGUUGAGGCUUACCCUGCGCCUCUCUGCUUAUCGUGCGCCACUCUCAUGGCGCCGGAGCCUUCUCCCCUCCUCUCACUAGCCCGUCUCCCUAAUCGGUUCUUCUCCUUCUCUCGUGGUCUCGAUGGUCGUGGGAUUCGAUCCAUCCCUUCCUCUUAUUCCCCCUUGUUGGCCUGGAAGAGGAGGUGGAGACGAGGUUCGGCGACGAGAAAUUUUUCCUCCAAUGUUUGUUGUGCUUUAUCUGAAGCUCCUGAAGUGAUAACUGCAUCCUCCUGGAAUACUGCUAUUCUCCAGAGCGAUGCCCCGGUUCUUGUUGAGUUUUGGGCAUCAUGGUGCGGGCCAUGCAAAAUGGUCAAUCGAGUGUUUGAGGAGAUCGCACGGGAGUAUGCUGGAAGAGUAAAAUUUUAUAAACUCAACACUGAUGACUACCCACAAGUUGCAAUUUCCAAUAGUGUUGAACGAAUACCAACAGUUAUACUGUUCAAGAAUGGAGAGAAAAUACAGAGCAUUACUGGUACCUUGCCCAAGUCUGUUUAUGUUACAGCAAUUGAGCAAUCUUUAACUAACUAAUGAGCAGCCAGGUGGUUUUUUUUAAUCCAUUAGUGCUUUUCUCAUUGAUUUAGGAACCCCUCUUGUGCCACCUACUGGGUUUCUGUUUUAUUGAAAUAUGACUGUCCCGGGUGUAGUAAUUCUCUGCCUGAGUGCCUGUAUCUAUAUGUGUUGUAUAUUGUUGUCGUACCAAAAGCAUUGGUGUAUAUUUGAUUUUUUUCAAAUUUAACAAAAUUCAAGGCUGUUCACUGAGUCUAUUCAGGAAUGAACCUUGUUCUUCAA